GUAAUAAUAAAAGGAAAACCUAUGGCAUGAGGGGACGGCUCAUCUUUUUUUAACUCUAUGGACCAAAAAAGACUAGAAUAUGCCACUUCCAAAGAGAAUUCAGGUCUGGGCGUCAGUUGUCGAUGGCCCCGAAGACCGGCAAGGUGCAAUAUCCAUAAUAUAUAAACCCUCCACCUUCCUUCUUGUCCUCUUUACCCCCCCCCGCCCACACAAAUCGACCCCUGCCACCACCUCAUCCCUCCCGAAGACACCGUUGCGCCUCUUACUCUUACUCCUCUCAUCAGUCUCUUCAUCUACGACACCUUCCAAACAAACUACGCAUCUUCCUUUGAGCCAUGACCACCUUUCGUUUCUGGGCUGCAUGCCUUGUAGCCGUCGUGGUGCUGAUCGAGUCGACCACCGCCCACAUGGCUCUUCUCUAUCCCAUGCCGCGCGGAGGCAUCAGAGACAAGAAGCAGUACGAUGCCGAAGUCCAUGCAUUCGUCAAUUUCAAUAAGCACCGCACCAUGCCCUGCAACGGCUACAACAAGAUGGGACCUGUCACCAAACUCAAGGCUGGACAAACCCUCAACGUCCGAUUCUGGGGUCCAGCACUCAAGGGUAGCAACUUGGACCACCUUCCUGCCAAGCCUACUGGCAGCAAGCAGAUCAACCAGGCUCGUCACGGUGGUGGAUUCUGCGAGUUCUCUCUCAGUUACGACGGCGGCAAGACCUUCCACAAGAUUGGUCAGUACACGAAAUCAUGCCCUGACUUCUACUAUGAGUGGCCCGUCAAGAUCCCCGCCAACGUUCCCAGCUGCAACACCCCCGGAAAGUGCCUCUUUGUGUGGUCCUGGACUGCGGUGAACGUCCCACAGUUCUACAUCAACUGCGCGGAUGUGACGAUUGCUGGUGUGAAAGGCGGAAAGCUUCCAUCGAAGAGCAUUCAGGUUGUUGAUAUCCCCAACCAUAAGCAGAAAGUGACAGCACAAGGCGAUGGCUAUGACGAGAAGAUGGGCAAGGGACCCAUCAAGAAUGAGGUCAAUGACAACAUGAGCGGCAAAUUCCAGAAGUAAAGUACGAUAAAAUAAAAUAAGCAUAGAAAGGAAUGUGGCGCGUGGACCGCAGCUCUUCCUUGUGCUCAUAGACUUGAUAGACAUGGGUACACACUCCAAUGCUGGAGAUGAUCCAAAUAAAAUUUAAUUGUUUGGGACACAAAUGUUUGCGAGCC